AUGGCGGCGCGGCCGUGGCGGCGGCGCUGAGGCGCGCUCUGCGCGGCCAUGGAGGGGCCGCCCAGCCUGUGGGCGCUGAGCGGCGCGGCCGUGAGCCGCAGCAUGCGCGCCCUCGAGGCCGACGUGUGGGCGCUGCCCGGGCACCUCCUGCGCGGCCUCCUGCCGCUGCUCAACGUCUUCUACCUGGAGCGAGCCGAGGGCGCCGCGCGGCGCGCAGGCCUCUCAACGCAGCCAAUUUGGCGCAAGCUCUGGGAUGAUGUGAUGAAAACCAGGCCACCCAACGCAGAGAGUGUCACCUGUUGGAGGAAGAAGUUCCUCGAAACAUUCUUCUCCAAUGUUCUUCACGGCGUCUUGGAUGUUUCCUCCGACUGGCGUCUCAACGACCAUCAUUUUUCACCACUGCUGCACAGCUCGCAGCACGUUACCCAGCUCACGCUCUGCAACAUGCUGCAGGCUGUGACCGAGCUCACUGCUGAGCACAACCAGAAGGUGCUCGAAAACCUGUCCAGCUCCCUGCAGAUACUGAAGUUUCGGCACCUGCUCUCCACAGACCAGUCCAUCCGACGCGCGCUGGUUGUACUUCUUCACCGACUGAUUCACCAUGGCUCUGUCAGCCAAGUGUCCAUGUAUUCCUGGCCUGUUCCUGACACGGUCCUUCUCGUUCUCAUUUUGAGCAUGAGUGCUGGGUACUGGUGCUCAGGAAAGGUGCUUCCCUACCGCAGUAGCCCCUGUGGCCUUUGCAGAGAGGACAGAGCCCAAGGCCAGGAGCCUUGCCAUGAGGAGGAGCAUGACAAGCACCAACAGGCCCCUCAAGCAGAGGUGAAUGGACACGGGGCCGACAUUCCCCACAGCUCAGCCAUCUCCCCACGGAGAGAUGGUCCUUCCCCAAACGCACUGUGUGAGGAGGGAAGCGGCGAGGCCUCCUGUGACUCCCCGGCAGGGUCUUCUCCUCACUGCCCCUCACAAGGGCUGUCCUGUCGCCCCGUCCUUCAAAAGCCCCGUAGACGUCAGAAACCUGCGCUCGGGAGGAGACGCCGCUGCCCCCGGCGAAGCAGGGGGACCUACGAUGGCCAGGAAGACCUUUAUGAUUUUGUUUUUACUGUUGCUAGAGAGAAUACUUUGGAAUUACAUGAACACAACGUCACAGAAGGAGAAAAUGCUGAUAACUGUACUGGCUCCGCCACAGGAUCUCCGUGUUCCAGCAGUGCUGGUUGUAAGAAAAGAGGAGGCUCUGCUGGGACCUUUUCACUGAAAACUGCUCACCGCUUCCGAAGCGUCUCCACACUGGAAUUGUUCUCCAUUCCUUUGACUGAGGAUGCUUGCCGGACUCUGAGUAACCUGCUGAGCUCCUGGGAGUCAUUAGAAAACCUGGUUCUGUCUUACAAUGGCCUGGGAGAAAACAUCCUGUGCGUCGUGUCGGGGCUGCGGGCGCUGUGCCGCCGGCCGCGCUGCCGCCUGCGCCUGCUGCGCCUCAGCGACGUCUUCUCCCACAUGCCCUGCAUGGAGCUGGUGCGCUGCAUCCUCAGCGCCCUUCCCCGCCUCCAAACGCUCUCCGUCAGCUUCGAUCUCAAAAACCACACAGAGGGGAACAGGCCAGGAGGGAACCUGAGCUGCAGCGAGACAGAAAUCCCAGAGAGCUCCCUGGAGCAGCUGGAAAUCCGCUUCCCGCGGGAGCCGCUGCACACGGCGCUGCUGCUGCCAGUGCUGCGGGCGUCGAGGCUCCUGCAGCAGCUCUCCCUCGACAGCGCCGCGCUGCCCUCCCCGCGGGAGCUCGAGCACCUUCUGCAGGCGCUCAAAGAAUACAAUCCAAACUUGAAGAAACUGAGCUUUCAUGAUGUGAACCUGGCUGACCACCAGAAGGAAGUUCUGCUUUUGCUUCAGGACCCCAUCCUGCAAGAAAUCACCUUCUCCUUCUGCCGGCUCUUUGAAAAUUGCACUACUGAGUUUCUGUCAGAAAUCAUCAAUACAGUGAAGAGAAACUCAACUCUGAAGAGCCUCAAACUGCCCGGGAACCGCCUUGGGAAUCACAGACUGGUUGCCCUCGCAGACAUUUUCUCUGAAGAUUCCUCCUCUUCUCUUUGCCAGCUGGAUGUCAGCUCAAAUUGCAUCAAACCCGAUGGGCUCCUGGAGUUCACAAAGAAGCUGGAAGGCCACAUCCAGCAGCGAGGGGGCCGCAUUAAAUUCACCCACCUGCGUCUCUUUCAAAAUUGGCUGGACCAGGACACGGAGACGGCCCAGGAAGCGCUUCGGCGGCUCCGAGCUGUGUGCAGCGUCGUCAAUGACACGUGGGACUCCUCGCAGGCCUUUGCUGACUACAUCAGCGUCAUGUGAUGGACACGGGAGGCUGGAGCAGCUGCUACCAACAGGCAGUUCAGUCCAUGAGCAGCAAGACUUACAUGAUAGUGCUGGGGGGGAAUUUUUCGCCCCUUGGUCCAAGCAGAGUACACAGUGUUUCUGGUCACUUCUCUACUGAUUUGAAGAGGUGCUCCAGGGAAGUGAUGCAAGAUCUGUCUUGUGACUGCUCCAGUUCCAUCCUCUUCCCCCAUGGGCUACACAAACUGGGCCAGGUGCUUCCAAUAAACUUCUGAGAGCACCUGCAGGUCUCUGCACAAGCAAUUAAUUUUACUCAGUGUAGUCAAAAACAUAGUUGUUGUUUCAGUCAAUUUCUCAUAAAUUAGAACUCC